CUAAUCACCCUUCGGUCCCGUCCACUCUACCAACGGCCCUUCUCCCCAAUCGCCAUCGAUUCGUCUGGCCGGAGACCUCUCCCCCGCCGCAGCCUCCUCAUCGCGCGGCGGCGGCCGCCGUCUCUGCCUCACAGCCCGCGUACCGGUAUCUGAAGAACAUCAAAGGAAACGAUGGCACUGUCACGCAGUAUGAGGACAUGUUUGCAUAGUGGAAGACUUGCCGCCCUGGCAAUAUUAGUAUCUGGUGGAAUCGUAUUGCAGAUUUUGGCCUGUGCUCUUUAUAACAACUGGUGGCCAAUGUUAACAGUUCUGAUGUACCUCAUACUACCCAUGCCGCUCAUAUUUUUCCUGGGCUCCGAUUCUCCAUCCAUCAUGUCGAAUGAGAAUGAUGGGUGGGUGAACUUCACCAAGUUCCUGACGGGCGCGUCCAUCGUGGGCAGCAUCGCCAUCCCGUCGAUCCUGAAGCACGCCGGCGUCAUCGGAUGGGGUGCGCUGACGAUGGAGCUGUCCUCCUUCGCCGUCUUCGGGCUGGCCAUCGUGUGGUUCCUCCAGAUGAACUCCGAGGACGAGUACAGCGCCUUCUGAUCUCCAGCGCUUCAUCCUCUCCCGAACCUGUGAUCUGUGUGUUUCUAGUGGCACCCUGGUGGCACCCUGCUAGAAAUAGGGAUCAAACUUGUGAAUAUCUGCAGUACGAUUUGGAGCAUUGAUGCGUUUGACCUUGUUUAUAUCAGUGAAGUGAGCCUUUUCAGUUGCAUGUA